UACAAACUUCAUGUUGCUAUAAUUUAUGGAAUAGAAGUGUCAUGAAAAAGUUUUUUCCGUAAUUUCCAAUUUAAUUACUUUUCAUUUAAUAUUACAAAAAACAAGGUUUUCAAUUCAUUCAAUUGAGAAAAAGUGAUAAAGUUAGUUGUGUGAAAUGGUGCAAAAAUAUCAAUCACCCGUCCGGGUCUAUAAAUAUCCCUUUGAAUUAGUUAUGGCUGCCUACGAACGACGGUUUCCAAAAUGUCCCCAAAUGCCGAUUGUCCUUGAUUGUGAAAUCAUUGAGGACGAAGAACUGGACGGAGGAGCGAAAAGGGAGACAAAGCGGCGCUGUAAAUUAGCUGUCGAUGCUCCUUAUUUAUUUAAGAAGCUAAUUGGAUUGGAUUUUGUCUUCUUCAUCCAACACAAUUCACUGGACAUGAGGGCAAGGACCCUUAACAUCGAAGCCACCAAUGAGACCUUUGCAUCGAGAAUUGAAAUUUUUGAGCGUUGCAGGUACUAUGCGCAUCCUGAAAAUCCCAGUUGGACAUGCUUCGAUCAAUCAGCCACGCUUGAUAUUAAAAACUUCUUUGGCUUUGAACAUUCCAUGGAGAAGAUGGGGAUGAAGCAGUACACACAGACAACACUUAAGGGCAAGGAGAUUAUUGAAUAUUUUAUUGGUCAAUUGAAGCAAGAGGGCAUUUCACAUGUGCCACGAUGGCCGAGCUUGGAUGCCAAUGAUGCCGAUAGUGCUGAUGCUGAAUCUGUUAAACUCCAAACAACCAGCUCAAUGUUGAAAAAGGAAGAUUCAGCAAGUUUAGAUGAUGAAUACAUUUCGAAGAAUCUCGGAGAGAUGACUCCACUACAGGAAUCUAAAUUGGUCGAGCUGGAAGCUCUGCUCAAGGAGAAGAAUGAAUAUCAGACACCGGAUCACCAAAUGAUUUGCCGCUUUUUGCGAGCUAGAGAUUUUAACGUUGAAAAAUCAUAUCAAAUGCUGCAGGAUUCUCUGAAAUGGCGCCAAGAAAAUGACAUUGAUCGCAUUUUGCAGCUGUACAAGCAACCACCUGUGGUUGCCAAGCACUUCCCGGGUGGAUGGCAUCAUCGCGAUAGAGACGGUAGACCGCUGUAUGUGUUGCGUUUGGGGCAUAUGGAUGUGAAGGGAUUGCUCAAGUCAAUUGGUGAAGAGGGCCUUCUCCGGUUGACUCUUCACAUUUGCGAAGAGGGAUUGCAAUUAAUGCGCGACAGCACGAAAGAACUUGAGAAACCUGUUAGCACAUGGUGUCUGCUCGUGGAUCUCGAAGGUCUCUCGAUGCGUCAUUUGUGGCGACCCGGUGUGAAAGCACUCUUGAACAUCAUUGAGACUGUUGAGAAAAAUUACCCUGAAACAAUGGGGAGGGUACUUAUUGUUCGCGCCCCACGGGUCUUUCCCAUUCUGUGGACUCUUAUUUCUACAUUUAUCGAUGAAAACACUCGCUCGAAAUUCCUGUUCUAUGGCGGGCAGAAUUGUCUCUUCCCCGAUGAUGGUCUUGAACGCUACUUACCGUCUGAAAUAAUUCCCGAUUUCCUCGGUGGACCUUGCACAACUGGAUUUCCAACUAAUGGUUUCGGGAUGAUAUCAACGACUUUCUACACACGUUGUUACACUCUAUCUUGUAACUGUACAUUAGUUCAUGAAGGUGGCUUAGUGCCGAAGAGUCUCUACAAAAGUGCUCUUGAAAAUGAGGGAAAUGGAGAAGAGAAGGCACCCCAUCCGCAUCAGGAUAUGUAUAAAUCAAUGGAUUUGAGGGCAAAUCAAUUCUUUGAGCUUGUGAUAAAAAAUGAUGAUCCGAAGAGUGUACUGACUUGGGACUUUGAUGUCCUCAAUGUGGAUGUUUACUUCACAGUAUUUCGUACGAUGGAGACAAUUUGUCAAACUGGAGAUCUUUACACUUCUGUGUUUGAUAGUUCGAAUCUGGAAGAGGGAAAAACGUUUUUUAAGGAGGAACCAACUUUACUUUGUCGUCAUCGGGAGAGUGUACAAGGUUCUCAUGUAAUGACAACUGCUGGCACUUACAUCCUACAGUGGACUUGCUCACCAUCAACAGACAAAGUGGCUCAUGUUAUGUACCACUAUGAAAUUCUCAGCUCGGCAAACUACAAAGGAUCCAUGACAAGUCUCCAGUCGGGUUUCUCAACAAUGAGUGUUGCAAGUUCAUGCCAAUCUCGAUGAUGCGGUGAUGGCUCAACAUCUACAUAGAUACAAUUGUGAUUAUAUUGAGAAGAAAAAUAUAUAUUGGGGGUAUAACUUAAAAGUAUUACAAAGUGUUGUGGGCAGCUGUCAAUAUGCAAGUGGUCCUGGAUCGCUCUAGUAUAGUUGAGUGUAUGUUACUAUAAUUUAUUUCUUUCAACAUACGCCUUGAGCGUAUUUGGCCUUUGCAAUACAAAAAAAUGAAUUCUAUAAAAAAGCAAAGUGGACGUGAGCAGACAAAAUAGCAAAGAAAAUGAUCGUAUGUAAUUGGUUGCGAUCCUAUAGAGAAAAGGACAAUUAUUAUUCAUAAUACUUAUUAAAUAUAUCUUCAAUCUUCUACCUUUUAGUAGAGAAGAAGUUUCUCAUUGAAUUUAUGUGAAAAAAAAAAGAAUACUUAUGUAUACUAAAAUAUUUGCAUCACGUUCGCCAAUAUCUUCAAAAUCAAGAAAGAACAUAAAUUUUAGACAAAAAAAAUACCGAUAUGACCAGAUUGAUGAUUUUAGCAAAAAAAAAAUAUGCUAUUUUCAACAACGAUUAAAGAGUAGGUGAGACCGAAGAUAAAAGUGUCUAGUAUUUUGGAUAAAAUUAUUUAUGAAAUUUAAAUAAAAUUUGUGUAACGAAGAUGUAGAAGAAAAUUAUGUGGUACACAAGAUUGAUACCUAUUGGACAUUAUCGAAUUUUGAAUAUAUAAUAAAAAAAAUUAUAAAACUUUCAGUAGACGCAUUGAAAAUUCUUAGAAAAAUUAGAAUUAAUUUAAGGAAUUUCAAAUCAUCUUCUAUAACAAUAAUAAUCUUAUUCAUUGAAAGCAUGACUAAUCGCAAUUUUUUAUAAUUAGAGGCUGUUCAAAUAGUUUGGAAUUAAUUAAUUUGAAUAUCUACUAACUUUCAGGAAAUAGAAAAAAUUUUCAUAAAUGACCCAUUUAUCCCCGGUCUCCUUUACAUUAGCAAUCUCAAAAUAUCUUCUAAGAAUUCUUAUUAAUAAUAAAUGAGAAGAUUAGACAAAUGAAUAUCAAUAUUAGAUCAAUUAUUCUUUAUAAUUUAAACUCUAUAUUGAAAAUAUACAUACAUUAGAUACCUAAUCGAUAAUAAUCUCUCUGCGGGCUGGUAUUGGAACUGAAGUUUUUAUAAAGGAGAAGGAUGUGUAUCGUUAAUAAAGAGAGAUAUGAUAUCUGUAAUGUAUAUACUUACAUAUCUAUUGUACACUGGUAUGGCAAUUUUUUUCUUAAAACAAAAAUUUGCAUUACAGCCUAAAGGGAAUUUGCUAUCAAAAUAAUGAAACACUUAUUUUAUGCGUUUUUUUGUGGUAAAAUUGUAGACAAUAAAGAAGGUGGUCUUUUAAUAGUUUUUGUUCUAAAAACACGAUUUUUUUUCAUCUAAAGUUUAGGUAAUAAAAGCCAAAACUUUUUUAUAAGAGAUAAUUGAAAAAUGUUUUGUCUUUUCAUCUAUUCUGAUAGCAAAUAUCUUUUAGGCUAUAUAGAAUCAAUAAGACUUGUUCCAGCCUACAGUUGACCUAGGACAUCUUAAAUUAAAAUGUUGAAAUUCUAGGAUUUCCAAUUUGGAAAAAUUGCCUGAAUAAAUUAUAUAAAAUCUGUAUAAGCAAGGACAAAAAAAAUAAACGCAUGUAGAACUGAA